AUGGGGAAAAAAUACUACGCAGUUGCAAAUGGCAGACAGAAUGGUGUCUUUUCAGACUGGUCUAGUUGUAAAAGUUCAGUGAACGGUUACUCCAACUCUCAAUUCAAAGGCUUUAAUUCGCGUGCUGAAGCUGAAGCGUAUGUUGGGGGCAAUUCCAGCAGUUCUGGAGAUGCUUCUUCCAGCGGGGGAUCAUCUAGUGGAGGAUAUUCUAGGGGAUAUUCUGGGGGAUCUUCAUUUACUCCCUCUUACGGAGGAGGCUAUUCUGGCUCAUAUUCGAGCCAAAAGUCGACUGCUUCUUCAGGAAGAGGAUCGAGUGGUUCUUCAGGUCAAAAAUCAAGUGACUCUUCAUCUCACUGGGUUUACACUGAUGGUGCAUCGAAGAACAAUCAAGACCAAAGCAAGUCUGUUGCCGGAUACGGCGUUUUUUUCGGCCAUAACGACUCCAGAAAUGUCGCUGCCCCAUUGAGAGGCAAUAAGCAGUCCAAUCAGAGAGCUGAAAUCAUGGGUGUUGAUACUGCCGUUGACAAAAUUUUGACUGGUGGUGUAGACAAAAAGUAUAAUAUUGCAACCGACUCGAUGUACACAAUACACUCUUUGACUGAUUGGGGCAAUCGGUGGCGGGAGAAUGGCUGGAGGGGAUCAUCUGGAAAACCGGUGGAGAACAGAGAUGUGAUUGAACCUUGCUUGAAUAAAAUUGACAAGCUUAACGAAAUCUAUAAUGAUAAGGGCUAUGACAAAUUGGAGUUCAAGCAUGUUCCUGGACACCAAGGCAUCGAAGGUAAUGAAAUGGCUGACAAGCUUGCAAAUGAAGGCUGCCGCAAGUAG